GCACGUUUCGUUUCCUUCCGUUUAUUCCCUGCGUCUGCUGGCGGAUAUUAAAAAAACGUCGUCAUCUGGAAACAAGAAAUAUCGCUCUCUCUUCGCAAUCUCCCUGCCUCCUUCCAUCCCCUGGCGCAAUCCCACUCGCCUGUCUUUGGGCUCCGGAUCAAGGGGUGGGCGAGGAGUAGCUCACGCGGAUCUCGGUCUCCGCUGCCCGACCAGAGCUCGCGACCGAUCGUCGUCUUCGCAGGCGGCCGCGAAUACGGCAAUGGCGUCGCAGACGUACGUCGACAACAUGAAGCUUCGGCAGAGCUACCAAAAUCUUUGGCACGUCGAUCUCAUGAGCACCAUGACAGCCGACUGCCCUUAUUGUUGCUUGGCGCUCUGGUGUGGGCCAUGUGUAUCUUACAUGCUCCGCAAACGAGCUCUUUACAAUGACAUGUCAAGGUAUGUCUGCUGUGCUGGCUAUCUACCAUGUAGUGGCAAAUGUGGGGAGAGUCAAUGUCCAGAAUUUUGUCUUUGCACUGAG